UUCGUUUUGAUGUGGCCGCUCGCUUGCCUGUAUGGAGAGUUGGUGAGAGGAUGGAGUCACGAAGUGUCUCGGCGAGGGGAGCAAUGGCUACAGAGGGUGCUUCCUCAGAACUCAUAGAAAAAAAACGAACGAAGUUGCUCAGUGUCCUCCAACAAGAUCCGGACUCUAUCUUGGACACGUUAACCUCUCGGAGCCUGAUUUCUGAGGAGGAGUACGAGACUCUGGAGGAAAUCACAGAUCCCCUGAAGAAAAGUCGGAAGCUGUUGAUUUUGAUACAGAAGAAAGGAGAGGACAGCUGCCGGCAUUUCCUCAGGUGUUUGUCUAAUGCCUUUCCAGAGUCAGCGUCCACCGUGGGCUUCAAGCACGAAGUUCCACGGCAGGAAGCUGAAGAGACUGUGGGGGUGUACAGGAAUUCUGAAGAUGCCCUUUCUCUUGGGACAAUAACCCCGGAGAUAGCAGAGCUCUCAGAAGAGAAAGAAUGUCUAGAUCUGAGAGCUUCGAAGUUCUUCACCUACAAGGAAAGUGGCCACAGGGAACUUGCAGUAUCCUCCUGGGAGAACCAGGAAGGGCGUGGUACAGCGCAAGUCACGGCUCCCCAUUCAGUAAAAAGAGUUGAGUAUGAAGUCCCAGCAUGUAUCACCUUCUUAAGCAAUGGGCAGAGAUACGAGGAGCCAGAUGAUUCACUGUACUUAGAGGAAGGGGAACAUCAAGAAUACCUUGGGUUCCCAGAAGAUGUGGAGACUGUCCUGGAGGAAGAGGCCGGCAAGGACCCCCAGUGCUUUGUAUAUGAUAAUGAAGAGGAAUGGGAGAAUGAAGAGACCAUGGGGUUCUCCAGUGAAGCCAGUAGCUGUUCAGAGAUCGAUUUCUCAUUCGAGGAAGAGGAGAAAAGCGCUGAAGAGAGAAAAAGAGUAUUUCAGCAUGUCCUGUCCUGUUUGAACAUGGAUAGAAGCAGGAAGCUUCUCCCAGAUUCUGUGAAGCAGUUUUCCACAGACCGAGGACGUGAGUGGACGCCCGAGACCCCAGGGGACUUAGCUUGGAAUUUCCUGAUGAAGGUUCAGGCUUUAGACUUGACAGCCAGAGAUUUUACCCUUAGGCACAAGAUGGUGGAUGAAGAGAACAAAGAACUGCUGCUGGCUGGAAUGGAGAAGUUAGGAAUUGGAGACGCACAAACCAUCAAUCCCCUGGAUGUCCUCUGCGCCUGCAUGCUUUGCGCAGACAGCUCUUUGCAACGUGAAGUCAUGUCAAAUAUGUACCAGUGCUGGUUUGCUCUUCCCCUGCUACUGCCAGAUGCAGAGAACAACAAAAGCAUCUUAAUGAUGGGGGCCAUGAAGGACUUAAAGCAGCACACAACCCAGUCCUCAGGCGGGCCCCCCAGGGAAACAGGUGCGUCUCUGAGUCUCAUGAAGAUGCCUGUCAUCUCUUUUGUGCGACUGGGACACUGUAGCUUCUCCAAGUCCAGAAUUCUGAACACCCUGCUCAGCUCCUCUCAACAGAAACCACACACGUUUUUCCUCCAUCGGGACCUGUCGGUUCCUGUGCUGCCUCGGCAAAUUUCUGAUGGCCUGGUGGAAGUGAUGUGGCACUUUCCCGACAAUGUGGAGCUAACAACGAGCACACACGUUUUCCAGAAACCUGUUGCUGUGGCCAACCUUCGUGGCGAUCUAGAAAGCUUUUGGGUGCAAUUUGGGUUUCUGGUAGAAGUUUCCUCCGCUGUGUUCUUUCUCACAGACUGCCUCGGUGAGAAGGAGUGGGCCUUGCUGAUGUUUUUAGGAGAAGACGUCAUUGAAAGGUGCUACUUCAUCCUCAGUCCCCAGGCCAAGGAGAGUGAAGACGCUCAGAUUUUCCAAGAGAUCCUAAAACUGAAGCCAUCACAGCUACUGUUUUGGGAAGUAGAGGAAGCUGGGGAUAGAAGGAGAGCUAUGGAGGCCCUUCAAGCUGCCCUCCAGGAAGUAAUGUCGUCUCCACUCAAAUGUGUGUCCCUUGAAGAUAUGGCCUGUCUGGCCAGGGAGCUGGGGAUUCAGGUAGACCAAGACUUUGAAGUUAUUCAAGAUACUCAAGUUUCCCCCAGAACAAUUGAAGGUGAGGACUACCAAGCACGGAGUCAGACAAAAAGCCCAUCUGAAAGCCGAACUCAGAAGCCACUCAGAGAGCCUGGAACUCAAUGUGAGGAUAGCCAGAAUGCUCUAAUCUUCCAUCAGACUCCAGUAUUCAUGCCUUAUCCAGCACAUGCAUGGCCCUUGCCCAUUAAGGCUGGAAGUAACUUUUACCGUGUUCCUUUGAGAGCCCCCUGGGCUAUAAGCUCCCACUUUAGAUCACAGCAGAAGGCUAAGUGGUUCUUUCCAUUCCCCCAUCAGAAUACAGGUGUUCACAGCAGAGGUCAAAACUUUGGUAUUAAAUACUUCCCACCCUGGAGAUGUUAUUCAAGGGGAAGAUUCACAAGAUGUUCAGCAACUCCUCAGCAGUAUCACCCGAAUGGACCAUUUGGGAGAUCACAGAGACAGACUUCUCAUGUACAGACCCAUCCUAAGAGCAGGCAGAUGUCCAGAACUCUUGAGAGGUCUGAGACAGUGGUCUCUCGAGUAGGUCACAGACGUACUCUUGGCUCACAAGCAAAGAGAGCCGCAGGGAAGCCACAACCUGAGAAAGCCUGUGCCCAGGGGCCGCAGCUGACUAAAGCAGCUGGAAAGUCUAUAAGGACACUGCCCCAUAUUAAAUAUCCUCACCCUCAGCCCUGUCAGCCAGCAGGAGCCGUUCAAGAACGGAUAAUGCCAGUUUCUCAUCAAGGAGCCCAACAAACAACACAGGGAAGGCCUGCAGACUUAGCUUUCAAACCAGGGUCUCAAUCUACAUCUGGGAGUAAACUUUCAUCUACCUCCCAGUCCAGUUCCCAUCAACCCAAAUUCCAGAGCAAACACUUCCAGCCUCAGCCCUUUCAACCUGUGCCUUCUCAGAAAAAACCCUCUCAUUCCCGUCCCUCCCAAGCUAAACCCCCUCAUCUGAAUCCCUCUCAUGCAAACCCUACUCAGGGGCAGCCUUCCCAAGCUAAACCCACUCACUCCCAGGCCUCCCAAGCUAAACCCACUCACUCCCAGGCCUCCCAAGCUAAACCCACUCACUCCCAGGCCUCCCANCACUCCCAGGCCUCCCAAGCUAAACCCACUCACUCCCAGGCCUCCCAAGCUAAACCCACUCACUCCCAGGCCUCCCAAGCUAAACCCACUCACUCUCAAGCUAACUCCCAUCAUCCACAUCCUUCCCAUGCUAAGCCCUCUCAUCAGAAUCCCUCUCAUGCUAAGCCCACUCAUCCACAGUCCUCCCAAGUUAAGCCCUCCCUAUCCCAAUCUACUCAGCUUAAGGCACAUAAACCCCAUCAGUCCCAAUCGAAGCCUUUUCAACCAAGACCCACUCAGCCUAAAGCAUCUCAGACUAAGCCUUCACAGGCCAAGGCCUUCCACCCAAGAGCAGGGAGACGUUAAAGAACAUACUCUAGAGAUCUAGGAAGUAUGAUCUUUGCUUAAGUUAUUCUUCUCAUAUAACAGUCUGAAGAAAAGUUUCAGUGGAAGACUGAUAAAAAUAGCCAAACAAAAAAAUAUGCAAAGUCUUAAGUGCAUAGCAGAGUUUCUAAGUGUGGGAACUGUGGAAGCAGUUAACAGUAGGGUCUGGCUGGGCAAGGUGGCACACACCUACAGGGUUUAGCAUGAGGGCUGUGUCAUCCCAAUUCAGGAGAAGCAGGCAGAUCUCUGUGUGUUCGAGGUCAAUCUGGUCUACAAAACAAUGGCAUAGCCAGUUCUAGAUCAGCCAGAGUAUAUAAUGAGACCCUGUCUGGUUUGGAUCUAGCAUCAAACCGAAGAGUUCAGUCAGUAUUCCAGAAGACAUCAUUAAUUACACUCAGUGGGUUACCCAAACCAAAGCAACGACUAACCCUCCUAAGGAGCAGGAAGGAGUGGGUGGGGGUCAGGCUGAGCAGGAAGAGAGAAUAGCUGAGGAUGGAUAUGAUCAUUGUAUACAUAUAUGAAGCUGCCAAAUCAUAAGUGCAAGAUGAGGAAAGAACAGGAUCUAAGGAUACAUGAACUCACUGAGCCCAGCCCUCGAUAUCCGAUGGUGUGGGGCUUGAACCCAGGGAGUGGAGUCUGUGUGACUGUAAAAUGAUGAAAAUAUGGAGCUCAGCUUAUCUCAGUGUUGAAGAAAAGCAGCUUCAGAGGUGCCUUGGUUUGGGUUUAUUAUCAGGCACUGAGCAGAUAGACAGCCUGCACCAUUGGUACAGUUAAAUCAGCUUGCUUCUGCUAACAGCCACAGUAGUCAUGCCUGAUAUGACUAUCUCAUUUAGCCCUUAAACACGGAAAUAAUGAGUGUUCAAUAAAACAUACUUUUACAUUAA